AUGGAUAAUUGUAAAAGUCAAAGUGUAGUUGCGGACAUUUUAGAGAAGUUUGGAAAAUAUCAAAUUUUACAAUACUUUUUUGCAUGUCUGCCUAUCAUUUUCGUUUCUAUGAACAAUGUUAAUUAUGUCUUUAUUGCUGGUGAUAUUGGAUAUAGGUGUUACAUUCCAGAAUGUGAAACUUCGUCGCCACAGUACCAGGAGCCCUGGUGGCCUACCACCGUCCCUAACAAAUGUUUAAAACCAAUACUGAAUAGUAGUUUGGUGCAGGGAGACGUGUGCACUAAUAAAAGCUUUACUGGGGAAUUCGAAGAGUGUACUCGUUGGGUGUAUGAAAGCAACAAUACUGUUGUUGGGGAGCUGGACAUGGCGUGUGAGCCGUGGAGAACGAAUUUUAUUGGAAUGAUGCGAAACAUAGGAAUGGCCGUAUCGAUGCUUAUUAGUGGGUGGCUCUGCGAUUGGAUCGGGCGAAAGCCGACGCUUAUACUCUGUUCUUUGGGCGUUUUUAUGGGAAAUUUCAAGACUUUAGCAAAAUCAUACGACUUGUAUAUAUCCUUGGAGUUUAUAGAGUCGGCUAUGUCAGGGGGAGCAUAUACAUCAGCUACUGUCUUGAUGAUUGAAAUCGGUGGGAAGAAGACAAGAUUUUUAGCUGGCGUUUUAUUCGCAUACGCCAUUUACAUGGGCGAAGCUAUAUUCGCUUGCAUAGCAAUGCUGGUGCCAUAUUGGAAACACUUGUUAUACAUCAUGUGCUCUCCAUCCAUACUAUUCUUGUCCUACAUCCUUAUAAUUAAGGAGAGUCCGCGGUGGCAAAUCCUAAACAGAAAAAGCGAAAAGGCGAAGAAGACUCUUAGACAAAUAGCUAAUAUGAACAAACUCAACAUUAACUUAGAUUAUUUAGACAAUAUAAACGACGAUAUUUUAAAACAGACGUGCAACGAAUCUCAAAGCAAGAGAGAGGGAUACGGAGAAAUUUUCAAAUCGAAGGAGAUAAUGAAGCGAGCGAUGGUGGCAUCCUUCUGUAGAUUUACAGUCAGCUUCAUUUACUACGGACUUAUUGUGAACUCCGUGUAUUUACCCGGGAACAAAUACACCAAUUUCCUUCUAGCUGCUGUUAUGUCGUUCCCCGGGGAAUUAAUUUCCAUGUACUUCAUGAACAAAGUGGGACGGAAACUGCCGCUGUGCUUCGGUUAUCUUAUAUGUGCAGCCGCGAAUAUAGCUACCGGAUAUACCCCCGAAGACUACACUGUUGUUAAAAUAACAUUAUUCUUGAUUGGGAAAUUGGUCGUAGCUGCGUGUUACACUGGCAUAGCUACGUACACAAUGGAACUGUUUCCCACUAGCGUAAGAGGUUCUCUACUCGGUUUUUCUACUCUCGCUUCGUGUGCUGGUACCACCUUAGCACCUUUGUCAUCGAUCUUGACAACAAUAUCACCAAUCCUGACGUCCCUCUGUUUCGGAUGCACUGCAGUUUUAUCCAGCCUGCUCCUCAUAUUAACACCAGAAACGAAGGACCUUCCACUUAUGGAUACGAUAGCUGAAGUCCACGACUACGCCAUAACAGCCAAGAAGAAGAAAGUGGAACAAAAAGAAAAAUUGUGCGGCAGACAAUAA